AUGAACAAACCAACACAACCAAAUAAACAAGGACUCUUUCAAAAAAUAACAGAUUCCAUCAAAGAGUCUCUUUCUCAAAGUAUUGGGGUAUAUGCAUCUGCUUAUGGAGAAGUAUUAGAACUAUUAAAUAAAGAAUUUGGUAUUGAUGCUAUUAGCUCUCUUUGUGGACUUCUUCUAUUAGAAGGACUUCCAAAGCCAGAUAUUCAUGAUGUACCAAUAAUUAAAAAUAAAGAUUUCUAUUAUCUUAUUACUAAACUUUCUCGACAUGUAACAGCAGCAUAUGGAAGUAAACAUGAUUCAACAUAUACUUUAGUUAAUGAAAAAGAAUAUAAUGAAGAAGUUAAAGGAUAUAAUCCAAAAGAAAUAGAAAUUGCAGCAAUUUGUAGUAGAGCAGGAAUUUAUCCAAAUAUGUUAUUGAGUUUAGUCACAUCUCCACCAUUAUUUGUUGUAUCGUAUUAUCUUGCUCUUGAUCCAUCAUUACAUUCAUUGAUUUUUUGUAUAAGAGGAACAUUUUCUAUUAAUGAUAUUGUUAGUGAUAUGAUAUUAUAUGGAUCUCCUUUUACAUAUAAAGAAGAAGAAGGUAUUGUACAUACUGGAAUGUAUAAAACAGCUCAAGAAACAUUAAAACAUGUAUUUCCUUCAUUAGAAAAAGCAAGAAAUGAAUAUCCAAAUUUAGAUUUAAUUAUUACAGGACAUUCUCUUGGAGGAGGAAUUGCUACAUUAAUUACUCUACUUUUAAAUGAACAAAAACCUGAAUGGAAUAUUCAUUGUUAUGGAUUUGCACCUGCUGCAACAUUAAGUGAAAAUAUAGCAAUGAUGCCAGAAGUAAAUAAAUUAAUUACAUCAAUUGUUUUUGAUUAUGAUGUUGUUCCAUCAUUAUCUCUAAGUUCAUGCAAACGUCUUAUUAAACGAAUGAAUAAAGUACUUGAACAAGUUAGUUUUGAUUAUGUUAAAUACAUUACUAAAUUAUCACAAGGAAUGAAAACAAGUGAAGCAGCAAGACAACUUGUUGAAGAAUAUGGGAAACCAAUUGAUGAUUCUAUUGAUCUUGUAACUUCUCCACAACCUCUUCUUCCAGGUGGAGAAGUAUACCAAAUACUAAGAGAACCAGAAAAUAUGUUUUCUCUUCAAUUAGUAGCAAAUAAUGUAUUUGGAGAAAUUAAAGUAUCAAAUACUAUGAUUGCUGAUCAUUUACCUACAAAUUAUAUUAUUGCUACAACAAAAUUAUACAAACAAAUGACAAAUGAACAAAUUGAAGAAGAUAGAAAGAAAUUAUUUGAACAAUGUCUUGAAAUGGUAUAA